AUGCCUUCGAGUGUCUUCUUCCCAAAGGCAGAUGCGACGAUUCUCUCGUCAAGGCGUCACUCCCCACCCACGCGCCCGCAUACCGUUGGGCCGAUUUUCGACCCAGAAAACAUCAAUAAGCCAAUAUGUCCCUGGUCUGAUGAGGUCGGAUCGACUCUGUAUCCCAGCCUUGGCCCCGACGCGCCCACGUCCGCCGUUUGCAACAAGCCGCCUGGCCUCGGGGUCGAGGAUCGAUAUCUGCGUGCCAUGCUGGCCCACAAUGAGAGACUAAGGUUGCCCAUGCUUUGGUACUACACUCGCGAUGUUCUCGAGGAGGAAGAGUUACUUUCCGGUCUUCAAGACAAGGUUCAUCUGGCUAAGGAGGCCACUGGAUGGGAGUUCGCGAUCAUCGGCAUCCUUGAUAUCGAUAUGUAUAUCCGCCUAGCCACGGUAGGCGUUCCGUUAGGCAUCCUGCCGAGGGGUGAAACAAUCUGCGCUCAUACGGUCACCCAACCUCCUGGUAGCGUAUUCCAUUUACCAGCACUCAUGGAAGAUUGGAGGUUUCGGACGUGUCCCUAUCUCGAACAAGGCGGGCUUUACGCAUACGCCGGUGUACCGCUGCGUCUGCAAUACGAAACCGGAGAGUGUGUUGGUAUUGGUUCACUCUGCGUUGCCUCGAGUAAAUGCGAAGAACCGCUCACAAAAGACCAGCAGCAAGCACUCGUCCGCCUGGGCGACUGUGUCGUCUCGGAUCUCAUUAACACAGUGCGGGCGAAGCGCCAACGUGAGCGGCGUCGUAUGGCUGACCUCCUCUCCGACGUACAGUUGGAAUUGGACAAGGUGGUUUCCGAGGAACCUAUUUAUCGAAUUCUCCGGAGCAUCUACCCUAAUGCCAUCAUCAAAUUGCAGCCGACAAAGGCGACCUAUGUCGAGCUGGAAGGACGCAAGCCUAUUUUGAUGUCAGACUUAAAAGAUGGCCUGUGGGAAGAUGCGGAGUACCUAGAUGCAUUGAUCACCGAUUCCAACCACGAGGCUCUUCCAACCACCCACAUUGUCCGCAUCCUUGCUGCUGCUUGCGAGAUUGUAUCGGGUUCAUCUUUGCUCAUGGUAGCCUCAAAGGACUUUCACUUCGUGUUUGAUGAUGUCGACUUGUGGUUUGUUGAGACAUGUGCUGGCUUGAUCUCCCAGAUGUGGCGCAAAAGACUCUUAUUUGAGGCGCUGAGUGCGAAGGAGAAGUUUCUUAGGGGAUUUUCCCAUCAACUUCGCACGCCGAUCCAUGGUAUUCUCGGUUCGGUGGACCUCCUAGCUGAAGAGCUUCAAUCCUGGUGCUCAGACGAGGAUUCUUUCCUAGCCACAGGAUCAGUUGAAAAGCCUCUUAAAAUGCGUUUAGACGAACAUUCCAAAUAUUUGAGCAUCAUAAAAAUGGGCGGCAGAGAUCUGGUUACAAUCAUCAAUAAUAUGAUUACAACCAAUCGGUGGGCGGAUAUUGCUACGAUGGAUCGCCACUAUGCCAUGCAUCCGGUUGAAAAGCUUGAGACGGAGCUGUGUACCGGCUUAAUCAACCUGACCGUGGGAGAUGCACGGUAUCGAGCGUCCGUUUUCUUCAGCCAUAAUCUGCCUCCUGCUUGCGAGAGUAUCUGGAUGGACAUCGAUGUGUUUCGAGACAGCAUUCUACCACUUAUUCUGAAUGCAGUUCAGCACACACCGGAUGGAAUUGUUUCAGUAACAUUAUCACUGAAUUUGGACUCGAGGCAGCUGACGGUGGAUGUCAGGGAUAAUGGUCAAGGCAUUCACCAAAAUGAUCAGCGGCGCAUAUUCGAACCAUACGAAAAAGUCGAUAUGCACUCAGCACGGGCAGGACUGGGACUCACUGUGGCGUCCAGGUUCGCAUCGCUCUUGCAGGGAUCAGUUGCUUUGAUGUCCUCGAAAGUUCGUCAAGGUUCUCACUUUAGAACAACCUUCCGAAGGGUUGAAUAUACCAGCUCCCCUAACGCGCCGCAAUCGCUAGCCUCAAAGUUUCAGAAUCUGUCUCGAACAUUCUUCAACUUGACAUCUGAUUUAGGUUCCAUGUCACUCUGUAGCCACUUCAUCACUUUCCUAACACGCAGUGGCUUUGCACCGUCGGCUUGCCUAGAAGGCUCCUUUGUCAUCCUUGAAGCUGUCCCGAAUGUAGAACAGCACCACCUACAGCUGUCCCAGAUCCCACCGGGAACUGUUGCGAUUUGUCUUCUUCCCGGUCUUGAGGCAGAUUUACCGCUUCAACGGACGGCUAGGAACGUUGUUUACACCAGCGGCCCUUUCUCUACCUUGUCUUUAGGCUCGGCACUCGAGCAAGCUGACCGCCUCUUGGCGAAUAUCAGAAGUUUGCAAUCCUGUGUAGCCUUGCCGAUGCUUCCAAAGGCAGCUCAAUCAACGGAACCAAGUGAAGUCGAGCCACACCAACUUUCGAUUGACGUUGCCAGCCCUAGAUCAGAAACUGCUUUAUCUUUGGGAUCCAAUCGGGAUGUCGCGCCCUCCGCAGACUUAACAGAACUCGUUCCAAGCUCUCGCCAGCCGAGUAGUUCUUCGCGACCCACAACAUUGAUUGUGGAUGACAACUCUAUCAACCUUCGCAUUAUGGAGAUGUAUUGCAAAAAAGAGGUUUGCCUUACUUGGCUGCAAAGAAUGGAGCCCCCCAUCGAGCUGAUCUUCAUGGACCUUCAAAUGCCAGUCUGCGACGGCAUCGAAGCCACCAGGCAAAUACGAAGUCUCGAGCAACAGAACAACUUGACAAAGGCCUUGAUACUGGUUAUGACUGGUCAAGACACCGCUGCGGAUAAAAUUGCCGCACAAGAGGCAGGCGGGGAUAAAUUUCUUGUCAAGCCGGUGGUAAUUGAGCAAUUGGAUCGAAUCGUGAAGCGAAGUUUCCCCUUUUUUGAGUCGGGUAAGAAACCAUAG